AUGCCUUUGCAAGAACUUCAACUUCCUCAGCCGUGGUCUCAGUUUUCAACCCGACCAAAUGAGCAAGGUCAUUGUAUCUCUGUUGGUGUUCUUGCUGAGAUUGAAGAGAUUAGAGAAAACAGAGUCACUGAAAUUGUUGGUGGUCUUCAUGUGUGUGCAAAAGCAAUCUCACAAAGAAAACUUAUUGAAUGGAAACUCGAUGAACAGAUUGUCAUUAUUGUCAUUCAAGACACCAUCCACAUUUGGUACCAUUUCAGAAAUUGGGUCUGGUUCAGAUUAUUCCAAAAGGUUAGACCAAUACUCAAGAAGAGAAGAGUUGAUGAGGAAUUUGCAGCCAAAGACAAAGAAAUUGAAGCUUUGAAGAAGAAGCUUGCUGAAGAAAUUGCAAAAUCAGAAGCCGUUGAGAAGGCACUUUCUGAGAUGAAAAUCAAGAACAUCGACUUGGAAACUUUAAAGGAAAGUGUCAUCACUGAGUUGAACAAAGACAUUGAAGAUAAGGAAGGCGAAAUUUCUGACUUGAAGAAGAAGCUUGAAGCCGAAGAAGACAAUUCAAAGGAUCUUGAGACACAAUUGCACGAAAAGGAAAACAUCAUUGCUGAUUUGGAGAAACAAGUAAAGAAAUUGCAAAACACCAUUUCUGGUGUCAACGCACAGAAUGAAGACACUGGAACUAAAGACAAGCUUGAAGCUGAUGCCGAGAACACGAAUGGAAAGAAAUAUGUUCAAGAGAAGCAAUUGUCUCAAUUGAAGGCUGACAAUGACAAUUUGACUAAAGCCAAAUUUGUUGUCGAUGCCAAAUUGGAAGACGCUGAAAGAGAAAAAGCUGCUCUUAACGAAGAAAACUUUGACUAUCUCAAGAAGAAUGCCGACACUGAUGCUGCUGAUAAGAAGAAACUCAAUGGAACUGUUAAUAAGAGCAAUAAGAAGAUUGAGGAAUUAAGUGCCAAAGUCGACGAACUUACUGGUGUUAUUACAAAAAUAGAACAAGAAGUUGUUGAAGCCAACGAAGAGCUUGAAACAGUCAAG